AUGUCUGUUUCUGUUCAUUUUAGAGUGGUUAUCGCACGCCGUUAUUCCCGCUAGGCAGUACAUCUUUUUCACAGCUCCACUGGGACUAACAGAGGUGAAAGGAAGAGUUGGAGCAUAAUACCUCGUCAGAAUCAUGGGACAGACUGGGACAUCAUCUUUCCUCUUCAUCACUCUUCAACUCACAGUGUUGUUGGCAGUUUUUUCAUCUGAAAUUAAAUUUGUUACAGCAGGGAAUUCAGACCCAAGCCUCGGAACAAACUCUUCCAUUGGCAACCAAACUAACAAGAAAUGUGAUUCAGUGGGGACUGAAUGCCAAGUGGGUGUCAUUCUGCCCAUAUGGUUACCAGAGAACCCAUCCUUUGGUGAUAAACUGUCAAGAGCCACAGUUUACUUUGUGGCCUUGUUUUACAUGUUCCUGGGGGUCUCUAUCAUUGCGGAUCGCUUCAUGGCAUCCAUCGAGGUAAUUACAUCACAAGAGAAGGAGAUCACCAUCAAGAAACCAAAUGGCGAAAAAGUGACAACCACUGUGCGUAUAUGGAACGAGACAGUGUCCAACCUGACCCUUAUGGCCCUGGGUUCCUCCGCCCCGGAAAUCCUACUGUCCGUCGUUGAGGUGUGCGGUCACAACUUUAACGCAGGUGAUCUGGGCCCGAACACCAUUGUUGGCAGUGCUGCCUUCAACAUGUUCGUUAUCAUUGGAUUCUGCGUUUCUGUCAUUCCCGAUGGAGAGCACCGGAAAGUCAAACAUUUGAGGGUAUUCUUUGUUACCGCCACCUGGAGUAUAUUUGCGUACACCUGGCUUUAUCUCAUCUUGGCUGUUAUCUCUCCCGGCAUCGUACAGGUGUGGGAGGGCCUUGUCACACUGUUCUUCUUCCCCUUGUGUGUGGGGAUGGCUUACGUCGCAGAUCGCAGACUUCUUGUCUAUAAGUACAUGUACAAGCGCUACCGCACAGGGAAGCGAAGAGGGGUGAUCAUUGAGACGGAAGGGGAGGCGCAAUUUCCUUCAAAGAUGGACAUUGAAAUGGAUGGGAAAAUGCUAAACUCAGAGGGCUUCAUGGACGGAGCGAUGGGUUUCGAUGAGAAGGACCUGGAUGAGGAGGAGGCCAGGAGGGAAAUGACCCGGAUCCUGAAGGAACUUAAGCAGAAGCAUCCAGAGAAGGAGACGGAGCAGCUGAUAGAACUGGCCAACUACCAGGUAUUGACACAGCAGCAAAAGAGUCGCGCCUUCUACCGAUGCCAGGCUACCAGGAUCAUGACGGGAGCAGGGAACGUUCUGAAGAAGCAUGCAGCAGACCAAGCCAGGAAAGCUGUUGGUGCGUACGAGAUCCGCUCUGAAGUUUCGGAGAAUGACUUUUCGUCAAAGAUCUUCUUUGACCCCGGUACAUACCAGUGCUUGGAGAACUGCGGUACAGUGGCCUUGAAUGUAGUACGCCUUGGUGGGGACUUGACUAACACUGUUUCAGUGGAAUACCGUACCGAAGAUGGCACAGCCAAUGCUGGCUCGGACUACCAGUUUACUGAGGGCGUUGUGGUGUUCAAACCUGGUGAGACUGAGAAGGAGAUCCGGAUAGACAUCAUUGAUGAUGACAUCUUUGAGGAGGAUGAGCAUUUUCUGGUCCACCUUAGCAACGUGAAGGUCAUAUCGGAGGGCACUGGCUACGGACAACCAAGGGCUAAUCACGUGGACACUUUGGCGGGCCUUGGCCUACCCUGCUCAGCCACCGUGACUAUCUUUGACGAUGACCAUGCCGGGAUCUUCACUUUCGAAGAACCGGUAAUGACCGUGAGCGAGAGUAUUGGCAUGAUGGAAGUGAAGGUUCUUCGUACCUCAGGAGCGCGGGGACUAGUGGUCGUACCCUACAAGACCAUGGAGGGUACAGCAAAAGGAGGGGGAGAAGACUUUGAAGAUACGCACGGAGCGCUGGAGUUCCAGAACGAUGAGAUCUUCAAAACUAUACAGAUCAAUAUAAUCGAUGACGAGGAGUAUGAGAAAAACAAGAACUUCUUCCUUGAGAUGGGAGAGCCUCAGCUGCUGGAGAUGAGUGAGAGGAAAGCUGUGUUGCUUCAAGAAGUUGGUGGAUUCGUGAAGACAGACAAAAGGCUUUAUGGCAGGGACGUCUACCGGAAAGUGCAGGGUAGGGAUAACCCUGUCCCCACCACCAUUAUCAGCAUUGCAGAGGAAGGGGACGAGGAGGCUCUCUCCAAGAAGGAGGAGGAGGAACGUCGCAUCGCUGAGAUGGGCCGGCCCACCUUGGGGGAGCACGUCAAACUGGAAGUGGUCAUCGAGGAGUCGUAUGAGUUCAAGAACACAGUGGAUAAGCUGAUUAAGAAGACCAACCUGGCUCUAUUGAUUGGAACCAAUAGCUGGAGGCAGCAGUUUAUGGAAGCUAUCACAGUCAGCUCUGGCGAUGAUGACGAGGACGAGUGCGGCGAGGAGAAGCUGCCCUCCUGCUUUGAUUACGUCAUGCACUUCCUCACCGUCUUCUGGAAGCUCCUGUUCGCCUUUGUGCCGCCCACCGACUACUGGAACGGCUGGGCCUGCUUCGUGGUCUCCAUCAGCAUGAUUGGCCUGCUCACCGCCUUCAUCGGAGACCUGGCCUCCCACUUUGGCUGUACUGUGGGCCUCAAGGACUCCGUGACCGCCGUGGUGUUUGUGGCGCUUGGAACGUCUGUGCCAGACACGUUUGCCAGCAAGGUAGCUGCAAUCCAGGACCAGUACGCUGACGCCUCCAUCGGCAAUGUAACGGGCAGCAAUGCCGUCAAUGUCUUCUUGGGCAUCGGCGUGGCCUGGUCCAUCGCCGCUAUCUACCACAAUUCCAAGGGCAACGACUUCCGGGUGGACCCUGGCACCCUGGCCUUCUCCGUCACCCUAUUCACCAUCUUCGCCUUUGUCGCCGUGGCCGUGCUCAUGUACCGCCGCCGACCCGAGAUUGGGGGUGAGCUGGGUGGGCCCCGGGGCCCCAAAAUCGCGACCACCUGUCUCUUCUUCAGCCUGUGGCUCAUGUACAUCGUCUUCUCCUCCCUGGAAGCUUAUUGCCAUAUCAAGGGCUUCUAACUUCUCUAAAAAGUAUCUGAAAGCAAGAUUCAAAGACAAAUAUUUAAAAGAUAUUUGAAAGCUUUAGCUUCUAGAGUCUUCAAAAGCAUCUGAAAGGUCUUCGAAAGCUUCUUAGUCUUUGAAAGCUUCUGUAAGGUCUUAUAAAGCUAUUCAACAGUAUUUGAAAACUUCUAAAAUAUAUUUGAAAGCUUUUUAGUCUUUGAAAGCUUCUAAAAUAUAUUUUCAUGCUUCUAAAAAAUAACCACUUUAUUGCUUUCAUCUAAGACCUCUGAACUAUGUACAAUUCCAUCCAAGGUUUUGGAGGCAUUGACUACUACGUCCCUUUAUCCUAAAUCUAAGAUCCAUGACACUGCAUACCCUUCUGUCUCAUCCAAUGCUUAAGCCAUUUACUACCACAUCCACUACUAUAACUAAGGCCUCUGAACCAACACCAGCAGGAUGAUGGCCCAAAAAAAUUCAGACGUGAAAAACUGAGGCAUUAUGUGUUUUUUUAAACUAUUCAUUUAGUGUUUGUCCGCUAGCUCCUUCAAUCCUGUUGUUGCAGCUUUAUUUUAAAUGGAAGCUCUCUGGUGACUUUCAUUGGAUCAAGACUCCUAAGGCUGUGUAUCCUAAAUGUAAUUUCAGAUUAAGCAAAAAACGUGUGCUUGUUCGGUUAUACAGAACUUCAAAGCUGGGCCUAAAAGUGCUGCUGGCUGGCGUGCACAAUUUCUGUUCAGUGCCAAAAAAAAAUAACUUGACAAAUAACUCAUAAUAUUCCUAUAACAUAGAAAUGUGAGUGGUUGUUUAAAUGCAAAGGGCAUAUGGAUGAUAAAUGCAUAGUUACUGAGGUAAAUACUUAAAUGAGGCGAUACCUCAUUUUAUGUCUACACAGUACUGUUGCAGUGAUGACUCUAUCUCCAAUAUUACAGAAACUAAAGAAACCUUUCCUUACAAGAAUGUCUUGAUAUAAAAUGUCACUAAUGCACAUGUUAUAUAUUAUAAUUUUUUCCCCACUAAACAUUUAUCAGCAACAAUACUAUUACACUAGACAAGUCAAUAAAUAAUUAAUUAGAGGUGAAAUAAGCAUUAUGGCUUUGUGAAAUGUGUAAAGGUCUAUGACUACACAUUUUACAUGACUUGAUUUAUAUCCUAUAACGUCUUCUAUGAUCUUUCUUUUAAUUGUGUAAAACAUAUUUCAUUCAGUCAGCUUCAUCUGCUAGCAGACCGUUUUUACAAUGAAGAGAUUGUGAGAACGCUAUACAGUGGAGACAGUGUCAAAGAAGACUACAAUACACAGAGAUGUUUUGUCAAAAGGUGAUCUGAGUUUUCACUAAGAUACAUUUACCACAAUUUACAAAUUAAAUAUCAUUGUAAAACAAAAACUACACUGUGUAAAUUGAAAUCAACAAGUUGUUUUAUCAACAAAAAAAAUCUAAUUGGAAGGAAUGAGCCUAGAUAUCUUCCAGUGAAAGCUUUUUGAAAAUGUUUUUAGGAAAAUUAAACAACCUUUUCUAGCGUGGUUGGAUGGGUUAAAGCUAUUUUUAUAUUCUUAUCGGACCUCUUAUGACAAGCAUUAUAUCCUAUGACAAGGAUACAGUAUGGAUCUUUCAUAUUUGGGUGAAUAGGGCUUUUAAGACUUCUAUCAUAGUAAGAAGAUAAAGUCCAGAAAAAAUAUAAUAUGCCAUGGAUGAGCAACUGGCGGCCCUCCUUUUGUAGGCCUGCGGACCAAUUAAAUGUUUAAAAAUAAAAAAACGAAUUCUUAGGAGCUUAGUCGGGGUCUCAACUUACUAUUGAGAGUUAGAAU